AUGCGCAAUUUCGGCCUUGCCCUUCUGCCGCUAUGCGGUCUCAUUGUUGCAACUCCUAUAACUGAUCCACCUCAAAGUGUGGACGUUAACAACCCAUCUGCAUCGGAUCCCAAGACACCUCCCAAGCAGAUUUCGUUUCCCAAACGUCCGGAUAACCCUUUUCCCAAUGGCAUUCCAACUCAGCCGGACAAAUGUGAUGGGGAGUUUCCUUCCGAUGACUGCCUCCACGCCAUGGGAAGCAGUGGUGGCUACCUCUAUUACGAGAAAGACUCCGGAUGCAGUAACAAUCAAAAGAAUGUUCUCGAGACAGCUCUCUGGGAGGCGACGACGCUUGCUUUUUACUCGUCCAACUUCCCAAACAACGGAGAGGGGUCCAGAGGCUCUGCCUCAGCCCAUUUCUACAUGGGGCCGGACUACCUAUCGCAGAAAGACAGAAUUGCCGGUAAUUUGCAGCGAGUUUCUGAUUUCAAGAGUGGCAAGACAUCGGAGAAGGCAUAUAUCACCAUGAGCUGCAAAGAUACCAAGAAUCUGUGCAAGAAGAGAGACCAGGGAACUGUUGGUGGCUAUGCAUGGACCUACAACGGGUGGUUUGGAUAUUAUCAUUACAUCACCUUCUGUCCUUCUUUCUUUUCGAUCGAUAACAUGGACCAGAAGAUUACCGAGAUAGAGAGCGCGCUCAGCAGUGGCAACACGGAAAAGGCCAGCGACAUGAGAUAUCUUAGAACGACUGGCCAGUACUUCCUCCACGAAAUGAUGCACACUCGCAUUGCAGACGGUGGCAAGGAACCACACAUCAACGAUGAAGGUGUCGUGGAGCCUGGCAGGACUUAUCCUGGAAAUCCCGCAGCAUACGGUCCGAAUCUUGUCCACAAGCUAGCCCAACGCCCGAUUAACCAACACGGCGGUGCAACACGAGCAUCGACGAACGCAGACAGCUAUGCAAUUCUGGCCAACUGCGCCUGGUGGUGGGAUACCACUGGAUACUUCCCUGGAGUGCCUGGAAAACCUGGUCCUUCCUCCAUAGAAGAUGAUUUUCCCAUCUCGCUUUGGAUUGAUCUUGGCAACACCACCUCCCCAAGUAAGGCCGACUUUGCCAAUCUGUUCUCUGUCGAUGCAGAGGGUUUUGGAAACUUAACGACAACCACUUCAACUACGCAAACAACGACCGCCUCGACGGCAACAGCCACAGCCGAUGACUCGUGCAAAGAAUCGUACAAAUUUUUCUGGGACCAUUUUGAGAUUUAUGGGAAGAAUUUUGACCCGUCUAAGUUUGGUAAAGAUGGGUCUGGCCUUAAGAAGCAGAUCGAAGGCUGUGGUGCCUUGACUGGGUGGCACUUUGACACAGACACUUCAAGUGGCUGGCAAUGGCAUGCCACGGGAAACCUGCCGGUUGGAACUAAGGACUGUGUUGGCCGGGCUGUUGUAUCGGCAGGUGGUGAGGGCCCCGAUGGUUGCAAGGGCUCUGGACUGUAA